AUGGACUCUAAUCUUCCUGCACCGACCGAAAUCAACGUCAUCACGCUCAACUGCUGGGGACUGAAAUACUUGGCAAAAUUCCGCAACGAACGGUUGGCAGAGAUUGGGAAACGCAUAGCAUGCGCAAACCCAGUACCGCAGAUCGUCGGGUUGCAGGAAUGUUGGACGCAUCAAGAUUACCAAAGUAUUCGACGGCAAACGAAACACAUCUUGCCCUAUGGGAAGUUUUAUCAUAGUGGCAUCUUUGGCGGCGGGCUGGCAAUACUGUCAAAAUGGCCAAUAGAAGAGGCCUCCAUGUUUCGAUACCCCCUCAAUGGCCGGCCGACUGCCUUUUUCAGAGGGGAUUGGUUUGUGGGAAAGGGCGUUGCGUCUGCGAGGAUAAGAUACGGUCCGGGUCCAAAGGACAUCGCGGAGGUUUUCACAACUCAUCUCCAUGCGCCUUACGAAAGUGAACCCAACGAUUCAUACAUAUGCCACCGGACGGCCCAGGCCUGGGAGAUCUCCAAGCUUCUUCGCGGAGCCGCGGAGCGCGGUCACCUCGUCCUUGCGCUUGGAGACUUUAACAUGAUUCCUCUUUCCCUCGCGCACCGGCUGAUAUGCACGCACUCGCCAGUGCGCGACGUCUGGCAUUUAUUACACCCCGACUCUUCGCUUGGAUCAGCAGAGGAUCCGGUAGAGAAAGCCAGGCGACGGCCAAUACCGACUGCCGAGCAUAACAUUGUGGAGAACGGGGCGACUUGCGACAGUGUCCUCAACACAUGGCGGUGGAAUAAAGCGCAACAGAAGCGGUUGGGACCGAAUCAACCUCCUAUUGAAGUGCCACGCGAUAGCAUAGACCCCAAAGCCAAGCGGUUAGAUUACAUAUUCGCAAGCACCGGUUAUUCAAUCGCAGAAGGAGGUUGGAUUGUCAAAUCUGCACGAGUGGGGAUGUUAGAUCGCCAUCCAGAGCUGCAGUGUUCUCUUAGCGACCAUUUCUCGAUCGAAGCCACACUCCUACACUCCAAAGCCAUUGAAGCCGCGGCUUCUAAAGAAGAAAACGACUCGGCUCUCCGAAAUGGCACCUUCUUGCAAACCACAUCUUCUAGCGAGCGCCGUGCUCGCCACGAACAAUUUAAAUAUUCCCCUCCUCCCCAUCUGCCUCUCCACGUCUACGACGAGAUCUUAGCCAUGGUUGAGAAAUACCGCCGGCGUGAAAAUCGACAACGCCGCCUUCGCCUUGGACAUUUCCUUGGGUCACUGCUAAUAAGUAUUGGCUGUCUGAUAGCCGUCUGGUGGAGUCCUCGGAAUUUUGUAGCUUUUCUCUUAAUGCUUUUCAGUACAUUGUGUUUGAGCGCUGGUGUUAUUGAUGGGUUAAUUGGGGGGUUAUUCGUGGGCAGUGAGCUCAGGGCGCUUAAGGAGUUUGAAUGGGAGAUUAGUAAUGCGAAGGCGGCGGCUGGGGGAGAGACGCUUUACUUGGCUCAUGAAGGGGUUAAGGAUUGGUAG